CAACGGCUUUCAACUGUUAGUGCACAGACAUUCGAGAUUGCGGUCUUGUCUUGCGAAGUGCAGCUUUUAUCACAUCAUUUCGACUACGACCGAUCGAUGCUGAGCGAAUAGACGGACCUGGCAUUCUUCUUGAGUGGACGUAAACAAAGAUCGACAUAGAACGACUCUACGACACGCGCAUCCCAAUAAUCAAACUCGAACGAUCCGCCCUUCCGCCCAAUUCAUCGCGAACUCUUUCACUCCGGCACCAUGACUUCGACAGAGCAGCAGCCCGCGCUUGCGACCACGAAGCGCAAGUUCCACAAGCUCCUAGAUAAUCUCACCGCAAGCAACUCAACUACUUCACUCGCGAGCACCCUCCAAGAGUCAAAUGCAUCGACCGCGUCGCUUUCCGCGCUUUCGGAACCGGACAGCCCUGAACAUCCGAACAAGCGUCCGCGCAGCGCAAAUCUGAGCAUGGAGCGCCAGAGAGGCAUAUCGGAAGGACAGGAGCGCAUACGGCAGCUCAAGGAACAGCUUAUGACACCACGGAGGGAAAAGACAAUCAAGGUUGUAGGCAAGACUGUAGUCACACCGAAAGCCUCGACCCCGCGCAAAGCACCCAACUUCCAGCCAUAUAGCCAAGAACACUUCCUUGAGCGACUGAAGACGUUUGCAGAUGUGAGGAAGUGGACGACCAAGCCAGACGCGAUCAACGAGGUCGAGUGGGCGAAGCGGGGCUGGAGUUGCGAUAUCUGGAACACAGUGGCUUGCAAGGGUGGAUGCGAGAAUCGUGUUGCGGUCAAGCUGAGGCCGAAGCGGAAAGAUGCGAAUGGAAAGGAUCUCGAGAUGAGCGAGGAUCUGGCCUUCGAUAUCGACGACGCUCUAAUUGACCGAUACAAGGAUCUCAUUGUCGAAGGACAUUCGGAUGACUGCCUGUGGAGGAAGCGAGGGUGUCAAGAAGACAUCUACCACAUCCCCAUCGCAUCACGCACCAAGAGCUCAGCCGAACUACUCGACCGCUACCGCUUCCUCAAAGCCAUAUCCGCCGACCUCCCCCUCCUCGAACACAUCACAUAUCCCGACCCACCCAUCCAACAAAUCCUCUCCCGCAUCCCUUCCUCCUUCUUCACAUCCUCCGGUACCCAACCCCCGCUCUCACCCAGCGACACCGUAGCUUUCGUCUUCGCCCUCUUCGGCUGGACCGGCGUCUCCGAAUCGCGCAUCUCCCUCGCAGUAUGCAACCACUGUUUCCAGCGCCUGGGUCUGUGGCUCUCAUCCGCCACGCGCCUCACAGAGAUGAGCAAGAAGUUAGAUGUGCCGAUUGAGAGUCUGAGGCUUAAUCUUCUUGAGUCCCACCGCGAACAUUGUCCCUGGAAGAACGCCGAUGUCCAGGCCAACGAAAAGGAUAGUCCAAUCGCCAACAUGCCCGCCUGGCAAACCCUCCAAUUCAUGCUCCUGGGUCGGCACAAAGACGCCGCCACAUCAUCUGGUAUCCAAACUCCCAAUAAACAGACACCCCGGAAAUCGCAUCAGCAACACGCCAGGAACAACGAUAGCGUAGACAUAGGCAGUGAGCUCGAGUAUCCGCGCGGCAGUUUCGAUAGCGUCGAGAGGCCGAAAGAUGUUGACGAGGAUGAAGACGGUGGCCUGAGGGAGAAAUGGAGUAAACUCAAAGCAAAACUCAAGCGUAGUGCGAGUAAGAAGAGCUUGAAGAGUAUGAAGAGUGGGAAGAGUGUUAAGAGCGGAAAGAGCGUUGCGACGAAAGCGGGGGAUAAGGAAAAGUCUUAGGUGGGCUUUUUGAGGGGGAGGUAUCGUUUUGCGUGAGAGAAGAUUUGUUUAUUACGUGUUUCUGAGCGAGGUCCUGUAUUGGUGGAGGUGAGGGGUGUCUGGAGCAUGUUUUGUAGUUUUAUUGGAAUACCCCUUGUAAUACAUGUUGUUGGAGGUCAUGAUCAAAGAGGCGAUGAAGG